AUGCUGCUUUCCCUUCUUUUGCUUUGGAUUCCGGUUUUGAUCUUGACCGCCACAGCUGUUGAAUAUCGAACACAGGACUGCGGGCUCAACACCACCAGCCACGCAAACAACACCACUUACUUUUCAAAUCUCAUCCAAGUCCUCCAAUCACUCGCUUCGAAUGACGCCGUUAAUAACUGCAAGUUCUUUAACAAGAGUGCUGGAAACGGCCAUCAGGACGUUGCCUAUGGCCUCUACCUUUGUCGGACCGACAUUCUUCCAAACGAUUGUCGUAACUGUGUGCUUAAAGCCCGUGACGAUAUCAAUAACUUAUGCCCAUUCUCAAAAGAGGCGGUGGUGUGGAAGGAUAACUGCAUGUUACGCUAUGCCAAUUACUCACUGGACUUGAUGAACUCAUCAAAUUUCAAGUACGCGUGCAGCGACUACAAUAUUUCUCAAGAUACCUCAGAGCAAACUCAGUUUUGGGAAACUGUUAGGAGUUUGAUGGAUCCAUUAGCAUCCUUGGCUCCAACUCAUCCAAAAGAGAAGAUUGCAUAUAAUGAGUUAAGCUACAAUAAUAACGCAAAGGUUUAUGGAUAUGUUGAGUGCAUACCUUAUCUAUCAGCUUCUGAUUGUAAUCGGUGCGUUGGAGAGAGUAUUCAUCGCCUGUUACAGUUAUGUUAUCCGACAAGAGGAGCGCGAGUGCUGACCCGAAGUUGCAAUGUUAGAUUCGAGACUUAUAAGUUCUUACAAGUCUCAGCAGCCUCAUCAGACGAUUUAUCAGGUAAAAAGAAAAUCUCAACAACUAUAAUCGCAGCCAUUGUUGGUGCAGUUGGUGCUCUUGUUGUGAUAGCUGGCAUAUACCAUAUGUUAGUAAAGAAGAAACCACGACGACGCGCCAUGUCCAAAGAACUGAAUGAUGAAAGUGAUAAGAGUGAAAUUAUAACUGAACAAUCUCUACAAUUCGAAUUGGAUGCAAUUGAGGCAGCUACAAACAACUUCUCAGUAGAUAAUAAAAUAGGUGAAGGUGGGUUUGGUGCAGUAUACAAGGGAGUUCUUCCUGAUGGACGAGAAAUAGCUGUGAAGAGGUUAUCUAAAGUCUCGGGACAAGGCGCAUUGGAGUUCAAGAAUGAGGUUGUAUUACUAGCCAAGCUUCAACACAGAAAUCUCGUGAGACUUUUAGGAUUUUGCCUUGAAGCUGAGGAGAAGAUCCUCAUCUAUGAAUACGUCCCCAACAAGAGUCUUGAUUACUUUCUAUUUGAUCCGACAAAACAAGCACAACUGGAUUGGUCAGCGCGUUAUAAAAUAAUCGGAGGAAUAGCUAGAGGGAUGUUGUAUCUACAUGAAGAUUCUAGAUUGAGAAUUAUUCAUCGGGAUCUCAAAGCUAGUAAUAUAUUGUUAGAUGAAGACAUGAACCCAAGAAUUUCGGAUUUUGGCACCGCAAGAAUUUUUUGCGGAAAUGAAACACAAGCAAAAACAAACAGAAUUGUUGGAACUUUUGGGUACAUGUCGCCAGAGUAUGCAAUGCAUGGAAACUUCUCAGUGAGGUCCGAUGUGUUCAGUUUUGGUGUACUGGUUCUUGAGAUCAUCAGUGGAAAGAGAAACUCAGGGCUCUUUCAAUCUGAUUAUAUUGAUCUUCUUUGCCAUACUUGGAAUAGAUGGAAGAAUGGAUCACCAAUGGAUAUACUGGAUUCAAAUUUGGUGAACUCUAGCUUGAAAAAUGAAGUCUUACGUUGCAUCAAUAUCGCCUUAUUGUGUGUUCAAGAAGAUGCUGAAUUAAGGCCAUCCAUGGCUUCUAUAGUCCUCAUGCUCAACAGUUACUCGGUUGCUUUACCUUUGCCUCAAAAUCCUCCAUUUGUAUCUGGUAGUAGAGUUAGACAUGAUCUGCCCUCACAAAUGCUGGAAUCAGAUAACAGUAUAUGUAAGACGAAUGUUUGGCCUACUGAUGUUUCACCCAUAACUGAAGUCCAACCUCGAUAAAUCUAGCUGUUAAACUCUGAUACAACUAGGUAUACACAUGUUCUAGAAUAUGUUUGGAAGCUUAUACAUGGGUAACGUCUAUCAUGUCUUGAUGCUAUGAACAUUAAAGCAUAUGUUGAGAGUUUGUUUCAUUUACUACCUAUAAUUUCCAUAUAUCAAGAUUAAGAAAGUGUAAAAUCUCAUUUGGAUAACUCAUUUAAUAUUGUUUUAUGUAGUCAAU